AUGGCUUCGUAUGUAGUUAAUUCAGUCUUGAAUGAUUCUAUCAGAUCAAUCAAAUCUAAUCAAAAUGACUCAAAAUAAAAAAUAAAUUGGGACGAUUUCAACUACCCACCCUUGAUAAAAGUUAUUCAUUACAAUAUUGAAGAAGUAUAACCGGAAUAUAGAUUGGUGGUAAGAUCAUUGUGGUUGUCAAGCAUACUCAUUAUGGCCUACACUCUCUUAAAUAUCAUUGAUAAUAGUAUUUAGGCUGGAUAUGGAAAUGAUGGAAUACGCAUAUUGUAUAGUUUUAUGUUCUUGUUUUCCUUCAACCCAAUUUAAUUGUAAAAUAUUCUGCAUAGUUAGAGUUUUAUAUUUUAUCGAGGUUAUAAGGGUGUAGUUUCAGAUCCAUACCUCUUGGUUUUGUACAAAUGGGUCUAAAUCAUAUUGAUACUUUGUUGGAUAACCUUUUCCAUUGUUGACAUACUUGGAUUUAAUGGAUUCGUCGUAUUGUCAUUACUUUUUGAAUAUCUCCCCUUUUGUGGUGUAUUAGCAUUAUUCGAAGAUAUCAUCUUCUUACUAAUUGUGUUUUUAAGUGGAUUUGCACUAUUCCGCAUCUGGAAAAUAAAAGAAUGA